AUGAUUCCCCGGUUCGACAAUGGAAUCUCCGCCUCCCUACCUUUUCUUGCAUCCUCGGAAAGAGUCGGAUUCAAGCUGUACGUCCAUAAAAUCACCGAGCCGGACCGCAUUGCAGCAACCACAACGGAAGAUAUUCACAUCGACAAGCCAGCUUUAGUGUGUCGUGCUAUUGCUUCUGAGCGCACCGGGUACAUUCCCGACUUUGCCAUCGCUUCCGGAGAGGGCCUGAACUACCUUAAAGUUACACCCACCGGCUACGAGUUUGAUGCGUGUUGGGGGGCUAAUGGAUCUGGCUCCGGGCAUCGGGGUCGGCUUCGCUGGACUGAAAAAGAUACGUGGGCUGUGGAUUUCAUCACGCCAAACCUGAUCGCUUCUGGGGGUGCGGGAGCGAAAGUGCUUCUGACCGAUAAACGACAAUCGGACACAUUCUCAGAAGGCAUCAUCCACACGGGACCAAUCUCUGAUAUCAAAGCAACCGGUGACUACUUGGCUGUUUCUGGACCCAAUGGUCCUGGCUCACAGAGAGCGUGGGGUAAUGUGAGUGCACAAUAUCCUGCUACAAAGAAUUCUUCACUAACAUUGAGAAUCAAGAACACCAUCCGCCUGUACGAUUUGCGAUACAGAAAGGAGGUUAACGGCCAGACUGUGCCGUACUGGAAGAGAGAGUCCACAUUCUUUAUCACGCCUCCACAUUUCGAGGUGUACCCGGAGACGGGCCUAUUGGCCCUGGUGGACAGAGAGAGAGUGCCUCGCCUGCUCUCUCUGAAGGACGGCACCCCCGUCCAAUCCAGCAUCUCCAAGUCAGGGGGUGCGAGCAGGGUCAAAUUCGACCACUGCAACGGUCACCUCACCCUGCUGGUUAGCACCCAGUGGGGUGAGGUGGCCGAAUACUCGUGA